AUGCCGGCUACUGUACACAAUAAAAUUGUACAUGGUCCUGAGGAAGAACUUAUCCCCGCUCACUUAUCGUAUGGACAAUUCUUAUAUGAUAAGUUUAGACAGGGUGGCGACAGAAUUGCUCUGAUAAAUGCAGAAACUGGAGAGAAUGUAACAUUUAAGUACAUCUUGCAAAGUAGUAUAAAUCUUGCUACAUCUCUUAAAGAACUUGGUUUGAAGAAAGGUGAUGUAGUAGCACUUAGCAGUGAGAACCGCUUUGAAUUUACUAUAGCAUCACAGGCUAUAAUUUUUUGUGGAGCAAUAUUAUCAACACUUAAUGUCACAUAUUCACCAGGAGAGCUAGCUCACAUUCUACAGAUAAUAAAACCUAAAUUUAUAUUCUCUUCUCCAAUUAUUGCUCAGAAUAUAUAUGAUUGUAGCAAAGACUUGCCAUGUGUUAAAAAUAUAAUAUUAUUUGGGGAAUAUGAUGUUGUACCUGCUCUCUUUUAUAAUGAACUUGUCAAGAAACAUCAUAUGAGUAUUGAUGACUUUAUGGUGGCUGAUGUAAAUGGUGCAGAAGAUGCUGUAGCAGUUAUGUGCUCAUCAGGCACUACUGGCUUACCUAAAGGCGUAAUGCUUACUCACGUUAAUUUCCUCACAUUAAGUGCUCAUAUGAAGUACUACUUAAGUAUGUCUCAAGAGAAGAGAAAACAUAAAAUAAAAACUGGCUUGUCCCUUAUUCCAUGGUUCCAUGCCUAUGGGUUCAUAACAACAAUGGCAGUCAUGUGUAUGCAUAUUAACGUGGUAUUCCUUGUCCGGUUUGAUGAGCAGCAGUUUUUAGAAGCUAUACAAAAGUAUAAGGUGAAUAUGACAACUAUAGUCCCUCCAUUAGCAGUUUUUCUCGCUAAACAUCCUCUUGUUGCAAAAUAUGAUUUAAGUUCUCUAAAUGAAAUCUGGUGUGGAGCUGCUCCGCUGUCUAGUGAAAUACAGAAAAUGGUUUCACAGAGAACUGGAAUAGACUUUAUUAAGCAAGGAUAUGGAUUGACAGAGGUCACUAUGGCAUGUUGUGUUGAUUUAACAGGUGGAUCAAAAAUAGGAUCUUGUGGAACUCCUGCACCUGGUAUGAAAAUAAAGGUAUUAGACAUUGAUAGUGGAAAAUUAUUAUCCAUUGGAGAAAAGGGGGAGCUUUGGAUUAAAUCUCCUUUGCGUAUGAAAGGCUAUAUGCAUGAUCAGGAAGCAAGCAAUGCUUUGAUCGACUCUGAGGGUUACGUGCGAACAGGAGAUAUUGGUUAUUACGACGAAGAUGGAUAUUUUUAUAUUGUUGAUCGUCUGAAAGAACUGAUUAAAUACAAAGGAUUUCAAGUCGCACCAGCGGAGCUGGAAGCGCUGUUGUUACAACACCCCGGGGUGGCCGACUGCGGUGUGGUUGGUAUGCCCGAUGAGGCCGCCGGCGAGCUCCCCACAGCCUUCGUCGUGCGCCAACCCAACUCCACCGUCACAGAAACUGAUAUCAUUCAGUAUAUUGCUCGCAAGGUAUCACCAGCAAAACAUUUACGUGGCGGUGUUAUAUUCCUAAAAGAAAUACCAAAGAAUGCUUCCGGAAAAAUAUUGCGCCGAGAACUGAAAGCUAUGUUACCAAAUAAACUUGCUAAGAGCAAGCUGUAG